AUGAUCUAUGCUUCAGGCAAGACACUCUCGCCGGCUCUGGACGUAAAUGAGAUUGCGCAUGGUCUCAUAUACCCUGAUAUCUCUCGUAUUCGAGAGAUUAGCGUAAUAGUUGCCCGCGAUGUCAUAAGGACAGCACAAGAGGACAACGUAGAUCGCGAAAUUGCUAUACGCGAUAUGAGGGAUGCAGAUCUUGAAGCCUGGAUCAAAGCACGCAUGUAUGACCCUCAUUCCGAGGUGCGAAACCUCGAAAGUCAAAUUGGCAGCUUGAGCUCCUUGUCUCCCCAUGUUAACCGUGCAUGUCAUAGGCAAAUCAAAGUCAACACGGCUAAGCUCUAG